CAAUUCACCCAGCACUUGAGCAUUCUAUAUAAAAGACACAGUAUGGCUGAAGUUGCAUUCACAGUUCCAGCCAAGCGAUUUUCCCCGACUCAUCAUGCAACUCUCUGCCUUUAUUCUGCUCUUUUGUGGCUGUUUCUGCCUGCUGCGAGCUCAAUGCAUUGAUAACUACGAACCGGGUUGCAAGUUGUCAGUGGAGAUUGGACGAGCUCAAAGGCAUUGCAUUGAUCCUACCAAGUACUGGAUGUGCCAUCAAUUGAAUGCCAAGGCACAGCUCAACAAGUGUAUGCCCAACACAGGUUUCGAUCAGAUCAAGGAGGCUUGUAUUCCCUGGAUUGAUUGGGUGUGGAAGCCAUGCAUUGAGCCACCAAGUCGACCAGCGGGCUGGACAAGUUGUUAACCCCCAAAUAAAAAUAUUAAUAAUGGAGAAUUAAUGGAUAUUUGUGACAAAAAUGAACUUAAAUAGAGGGAAAAAUGUGCUAAAAGUCUAGAGACAGAUCUUAACGUUAUUGAUUCAACAGUGAAAAUUGAAUAAAAUAAAAUAAUUUAAAAAUUUGAAGCAGAUUAAAAACUUAAAAUAAUAAACAAAGA